AUGUCGGACACUCCUCCGAAGCGCACUCGUGGGAAGCGAGGUGGUGAUCCAUUUCGUCGCUCGCAAGUGAAUCGCAAGGCUGCUGGCCUGGUCUCCCACCUGGACUACCACGAUCCGGACAGUUUUGAAGCUGAUCGUAUUGCCCAGGAAAGGAGAGAAGAGAGGUCACGCUCAGUCGCAAAAACUGGGGCUGUGGCAAAGGGGCCAGUUGAGCCAAGGUAUCCUCCAAGGGCUGUACCAGCUGCUUCUGUGGCUGGUGGAGAGUCAAGGAGGGGUGUGCCGCAGAGGCAGGUCACUGUGACCCAGUCCUCGGUGGUGGUGCCUGCUCGGCCGAUUCCGCCGCCUCCAGCUCCGAGUGGUGCAGCUGAGGGCCAGUGGCAGCUGUCUUGGGUGUGGGUUCCGAAUUCGGAAGAUCCUGGGGCUGCUUCGUCGGUGGAUAGGUCGGCGGCUCCGACUGCUCCACCAAAGGCACCUUCAAGGAGGAGAUCAAGGUCGCCAUUGAGGAGGAAGAGUCCAAAGGGUGUUCCUGCAAAGCCUAGCAAGGCAGGUACAUCUGUGGCCGAGGCAGAAACUCCAGUUGCCAAGGCCGACACUCGGGUGGCUGAGGCUCCAAAGGAGAGCGCUAGGAAGCAGUUGCCGAGGCCAAGAGUGAAACCUACUGCGGAGACAACUGAGGCAACUUCAUCACGGCCGAGGUCGCCAAAGGUGACAGGGGCAAAGGCUGUGUCUGGCACAGCUGAGGAGGUGAUAGAAGUUGAGGAGGAGCCUGCGAGGAGCUCUUCACCCCUUCCGACAAGGAAGAAGAAGGCUAGAGGAGCUGCUCCGAGUUCCGGUUCAAGGACCUCGGUUGGGGCUGGUGGUGCUGAGAGGCCAUUAAUUGGUUUGGAUUGGCAUCGCACUUUGAGCCACGAGAAGUACACCGAUAGUGGGGUGAAGGAAUCCUUUGGAGCUCCAGAGGAAGGGUUUGACUUCUGCGUGGUGUCCUUCUCCAGCAACGUGGGUACUCAGAGGCAGACGCUUGACGGUGCUACGAACCUUCAGGCCCAGCUAGAGCGCAACUUCACGCAGAUCUCCAUUGUGCCUCGGAAGAAGACCUCGGACUACGCCAGGAAAGCGAGCAUCACAGGCAAUUGGGAGUCCAAGGCAGAGCUUGUCCGGGAUCUUGGGUGUGCUAUCUACAUCGACGACCAGGAGGAGUUGUGCCAGGACAUCAGAUCCUUGCAGUCAAGUCGUGCUGUGGGGAACAGGGUCCAGACUGUGGUUGCAAACAGUCGUUCUCCGACGGACUCGCUGAAGCCCCUUGCCAAUUUGGUGAAGGACAAGGAGGUCAGUGAGUUCCCAGUGCCAUCGAUUGUGGGCGUCUUCUGGAACGUUAGUGUCUACAACCUUGUGGAUUUUCAGGAGUGUGACGCAGUUCAUUGGUUCGUCUUGUCUCUGAUCGCUGCCCACUUUGGGCGCGAGGGCUUCGUUUCAGCAGUUCGCGCUUUGCGCGGUAGUCUUGGGCAUUUUGCUCUGUGGUUGUCUGUAGUACGCGCUUUGCGCGGGGUGUUCUGCCAGAGAGUGUCGAUGAAAAGGGAGCAGCCUGCUACUCCGUUUAGGGUUGUGGGACCGGAUCAUUCUGAGUGGACCACCUCGAGUGAGUCUCCAGAUCAACCAAUGCAGUCGGCAUCAAAUAUGCCGGCGAUUCGGGAUGCCGUGUCUCAGGAUGCCUUGCAGUCAACGGCUGCUACUACAACGAUGCAGAGAGGCAGACGUACUUCUUCGUCAGGACAGGCUGCUGCUGGGUCAUCGACUGGGCAGGAUGGUGCAUCAUUGAAUCAAUUCAAUACUCAAAACAUUCAGCAGAACACGUUGAAUCAUCUUCAGCACAAUGUUCACCAUACUCAAUCCAUCAAUCACAUGGUAGAUCCUCAACAGCUUGAGCAGAUGGUAAAUGCUACUGUUCAAUAUCGGGUGGAGGCUACUGUUUCACAGAUGCGCGAUCAAAUGAACGCGCAGCUCGCGAGACUUGAGAUAGAACAUCAAGCGCGAUUAAGUCAGGCAGAGCACGCGAGUAGGCAGGCGUUGCAACACAUGCAGGCAGAAGGUUCGCAACAGAUCACACAAAUCCAGAGAGAGAGAGAUCAGGCGAUUCAGCAGAUGAACAGGGAUUCGCAGCAGCUUCAGCAAGCUCAGCACGAGAAGGCCAUUUUGGCCAAGAGGGCUGAGGGAGAGAUCAUGUCAAACAUGCAGCGUGCUGACGAAACCAUAUCCCAGUUGAAGAGUGACAAUCUUCGCCUUGAUUCGGAAAGGCGAUCAAUGCAUGACCAUAUCUCUUUGUUGACCCAAGAGUUGGCGGCUUUGAAACAGCAGAUGGCAGAGAGAGACAGAGCAUCAACUGCCAACUCUGUUGCUGGAUUUUCUCAUAGAAAUCCUUUUGAUACUCCAGCCUUGAGGUCACCGGAUCCUGAUCAGGUUCCACUGACAGGUCAGAGAGUCUUCCAGCAGGAGGCGGACGUGAUGGAACCAUCAGGUAAGCAGCAUCCAGGCAAGCCCAAGGUUGAAUCUCGAGCUUCAGUUCCGGCCGCCCCAGGACCAAUUGCGGUGCCGGCGGUUGCAGACUCAGAGGAGAUUGGAUGUCAGGAUGCUUGUGAAAAGGGUGAUGUUGCCAACAUGGCUGCAACAUGCAAUCAAUGCGUUGGUGAGUCGCCUCCGAUCUUUUGUGAAGAGUGCAUGGAGAGAAAAUAUGCGUGUGUUUGUUCUAUGCUUCCAGCUGAGGAUUCAGGUGCUGAUCGCGUCAUCGUCGCGAGCGCGCUGGAGCGCGAAUAUGUGACAGGUGAGAAGGCCGUUGUUGUUGCACAAGAAGUUCAGCAAGUUCAGCCCUAUCAAGAGCACUUGAAGAAGGCCAAUCGAAAGGCCCGCAGGCGUCAACGGUGGAAUGCCACCAGUGCUGCUGGUCAGGGGGGUCCAUCCAAGGUGCAUCAAGCUCCAAAGAAAAUUCAUGGUGUUUCUAUUGAUGGAAUGGUUCAGGACCUUACCAAUUUCCUAGAGGAGAAGGCCAGCAAACAGCCAACCGUGAACCGUCUUCAGGAAGCGGAGGUGCUCGGCCCCGAAUGGAGGACGACAUCGUUCCAGAAUGCCCGCCUAGAAGUGGCAGUGACAUCGAACGUGAUGAUCCUGGAGAUGAACUUCCAGAGUAGCGGUUUGGAAUUGUUUGGCCACUCACCCAGCCUGUCAGUCAG